AUGUCCGGAGACACAAGAACAUUGCUGGCAGACUCAUUACAGAAAGAGUUCUGUCCACCACUCGACACCACUCUCGUUCUCGCACUUCUAUCUGACAUAGACUUAGAAACAAAAGCAGAAAUCCAAUCGAUUCGGGAGGCGCUUCGCCAGCUCGCGUUAGAAUCAGAAGUAGAAGUUCCAGAAGAAGCUUCAGAUCUUUUCCCUUCGGAAACAGAAACAGAAACACACCCUACUUCACCAGGGUCCUCUGCAAUCGAUUUUCUGCGGACAGUAUUACCUCAUAUUUCCCUGGAACGGUUACGCAAAGCCGUCACUGAUGCUGAGAUGGAAGGAGGUGAUGGUGAUGGUAAUGGUAAUGGUGACUCGGACAUUGACAUGUGGGAGAUCAUCGCGGGGUUGCUGACUGAAGAAGCGCUAAGGGAGAUGGAAGAACGAGGCCUUGAUGUGGGUGAAGAUGAAUCGACCAUACCAACCGCGAUCGAUGAUUGGGAGUUAGUGACCAACAAGAAUAAAACUCGGAAAGGAAAACAGAAACAGAAACCACUGAGUUCGUAUUCGAAACCGAAAGCAAAGACUACGACGACUACAUUCGCAAUUGCGGAUAUCAGACAACAACAUCGGUUGUUAUCUUCACCGCCACUUGCCACACCUUUGAACGGAAGUCUCUCCGUAGACCCAUGGACCCAAAUAAACUCCUUCUCGACAUACCUUUCCACCCUCCUCGCGCCCCACGAACCGUCAUUCUUCCAAUCAUACUUCCAUUCUCCAGAGUAUGAGUCACCCUAUGAUGCUGUUCUCGCUGCAGUCACCAGUAUAUCGGAAGAUAAAAAAGACAGACCUGAGGAAGCGGACCCGGUAACGCUGGUCUCGCUGUUGGACAUUCUUCUUCCUAGUACCAGCUCCGAUAGCUCCAAUUUUGCUCCAGAUGUCACUAGCCAUACUCAGGUUCAUGCUUCUACUAUUGAAUUAUGUCUGAGAGCCACGAACGGACGGCCGGACGAUGCCUUGGAUUUACUGAUGCUGUUGCAGGAUUUGACUUCACGAUCGGGGGAGGUGGGGCUAUAUCAUACGAGCCCGAAGCUGAAGUCAAAGACCAAGACGACUUCAAAUAUCACCGCAGACUCUUCGCUACCGCCACCUCUAUCUUUACAUCAAACUACAUCAACCCCAACUUUGCCUAUAGGAUCGAUCCCGCAGAUCAAAAAUAAACAACCUAAACCGGAACAACCCCCGCCUCCGAUCUGGCAAACCGUUCCUGUACGGAAUUCAAGAAGUGGUGGUAAUGGGGGUGGCAGUGGGCCUGGUAAUGGCAGCGGGGGUGAGGUUCUUCGAGCCCGAAUCGAGGAGAAUUUGAGGAGACGGAAUGAAAUGUUACGCGAGGCUUCUCGGAUGUGGCGCAAAGGUGGGACUUCGGGGGCAGGGGCGAUGUAUUUUGCAGAACGGGCCCGAGAAUUCCAAGAACUGGCACGCAAAGACUCUUUAUCUGCUGCUAGACUUCUCGUAGAAUCAAAUUCCAAACGGUUUUCUUCUGAAACCGGAAACAGAAAUACAAAUGGGCACGGGAACAGCGGAACCACAGUGGAUCUACAUGGAACGACUGUUUUGGAAGCUACACAGAUUGUGUUGGAGAUGUUGGGAAGAGGGAGAUCGAAAAUACCCAUGAAGAUUAUAACGGGAAAAGGGACACAUUCGAAAGGACAAGUCCCGGUGCUUAAGCCUGCCGUGAAGAAGGCAUUGACGGCGGAGGGUUGGUUGGUUUCGGAUUUGGAAGGUGGGUUGGUUGUUAGGGGGAGAGGAGGUAGGAAAUGA